AUGUUUGCUUCCACAGUGGCAGGGGGAACGGAGCUUCCGUUCAGUCUGUUUGUGCUCACCUCCGAAACCCAUGAUCGGCCCAACCAAGAUACCACUCAUCUCCUCGUUCAUUCGUCCGUGAAGGAAGUCUUUCCCAAAGAGUUUGAAGGCAAGUCAAAGCUUCAGGAAAUCCUCAUUUCAGAAGGAGUUCAAUGCGUUGGAGACAAGGCAUUUAAGGACUGUACCAAGCUUGAACGAGUAUCACUGCCCUCUACAUUGGAACGUGUUGGUUAUCGGUCCUUCUAUUGGACUUCUCUCAUCACCGUCGAGCUGAAACAUGGAUUCCGAUCGAUUGGCUAUGCUGCCUUUGGAUACUGCCGAUUCUUGCGCAAGGUUCAAUUGCCUUUUACCCUCGAGAAGAUUGAGGAUUGGGCCUUUUCGAACUGCACCGCGUUGGUGGAUAUUUGUCUCCCCAAAGGACUGCAAAGUAUUGGUCGGCUGGCAUUUUAUGGCUGCACAGCUUUGACCAACAUUUCCAUCCCCUCCACUGUCGACACGAUUGGUGGAUGGUGCUUUCAGUCUUGCACCUCCUUGUCCAAGGUUCAGUUAGGGGCUUCUAUAAAGAUCCUCGAAGCUGGUACAUUUGCCCAGUGCCACGCGCUUUCCAAUCUAUCGGUGCCCAUGGGUGUCGAGGUGAUUGCAAAUGAUUGCUUUUGUGAAUGCAUCAUGUUGCUUUCCGUGGAACUACCAGAGGGAUUGACACAAAUUGACGCCAAGGCCUUUUUCGGAUGUCAAUCCUUGUGUGCCAUUGUGAUCCCCUCCAGCACCAUUAUUAUUGGUCAAAAGGCCUUUGGUGGUUGCACCAGCCUUUUGGGAGUGGAGCUUUGCGCGGACCAUAUCCAAUUUGGUGCUGAGGCAUUUGCCAACUGUCCAAGUCUUGUCAGCAUUGAACUGUCCUCUGCCAAGGACAUUCCAGACGAUCUAUUCUUUGGAUGCCCAAGACUGCAAGUGAAUGAUGAUGAUGACAAAGACGAGAAUACUGACGACCUUGCUCUCUUGCAGGAUCGAUUCGCAGAGCUACCAGUCCAUGAGGCAUGCUACCAUUCGUCCUCCACUUCUGUGGAAGAUCUCAUGGCCAGCAUUCACCAACAGGCCUCGUCUAACGACUGGGCAGGUCCAUUUGGUGCCACGCCCUUUCACAUUAUCGCCGCUUCAGCAACACAGCCCAUUGAUAUGUUUCAAGUACUAUUGGAUCACAUUCCUUUUGGUGUCUUGUCCCAAAAGGAUUGCAAUGGCAAUACCAUGAUGGACUAUUUGUUGCAAAAUCGACUGUCUACGUCGAUUCUGCUGAUCCGAAUGGUCCUACACAAGACAUUGGUGGAUGGAAUGGCAUCCUGGGGUAAUGAGUGUUGGCAAGCAUCCCUCCGAACCUUGAUCGAAUCACGAUCGUGGGGUACAGCACAGAAAACAAAAAUGCAAGCAUUGCAGCAAGUCAUCCAACGCCUAGAAUCUUAUGCAAGAGUUGAAAUGAAAUCCUUGUUGGAGCUUACUGUAUGGAAGUCCAAACUAAUGGACGACGACGACUCGGUCAGUAGCAUGGAACCAAUCGAUCGACGCAACUGUCGCUUGCUCUGCGGCGCAAACGUUGUCAAAGCAAACGUCCUUGCCUACCUUUGGGAUGAGAAUAAUGUCAAUCCAAUGACAUCUGUAGCACUAUCCAUGUUCCCAUACGAUGUGUCGUGGAUGUCUGACUGCAAUCACUGCCAUCAUUAA